UGUUUUCUUGGCUCUGAGAUUAUUGGUUAAUUUGUUGGAGCUGAUCUCAGUUGUUGUGUUUAGUGGUUCUCUGGAUGGUCUCAAGCAAAAGAUUGAGUCUACAGAGGCUCUGACUGGAUUUAAUGAUGAGGCUUUUUCAAUGAAAUGCUUAUUGCAGGGUACUCCUCGUUCACCUGUAUUCUCAAUGGAUGGGGACUUUGUUAUUGGAGGUGUUUUUCUCCUUCACUUCAAAAUGCAAACAGAUAUUUACAACUAUACAAUAAAGCCUGAUGCUCCGAGAUGCACAGGAAGCCUUGAUGCACGGAACCUCCAGUAUUCCCGUGCAAUGAUCUUUGCUAUUGAGGAGCUAAACAACAGCACUGAGUUGCUACCAGGCAUCAAACUAGGAUAUGAGAUCCACGAUACUUGUGCGUCAGUGCUUGUAGCUGUCCAUGCAGCCUUUAAACUGUUAAAUGGUCAGGGGUCUCAGUUUUACAACCAUGAUAAUUGUUCGACAUCUGGUAUGGUGAUGGCUGUUGUUGGUGAUGCUAUGUCCACAACAUCCAUCAGCCUGUCACGUGUCAUUGGAUCUUUCAAUGUUCCUCUGGUCAGUUACUACGCCACGUGUGCCUGUCUGUCAGACAAGCAGCAGUUCCCAACUUUUUUCAGAACAAUUCCCAGUGACCAGUUCCAGGCUGACGCACUGGCCAAGCUGGUGAAACACUUUGGCUGGACUUGGAUAGGAGCUGUCCGCUCAGACUCAGAUUAUGGAAAUUAUGGGAUGGCGUCUUUUCUUGCUGCAGUGCAAAGAGAGGGAAUCUGUGUGGAAUAUUCUGUAUCCUUACUUCGAACCGACCCGCCUAGCAAGAUCCAGAGGGUUGCUGAUGUCAUCCGCAGGUCAACAGCAAUGGUUGUCUUGGCUUUCACAACUUCAGGUGACUUGAGGGUUCUGCUAGAGGAGUUGACUCGGGAACCUUCACCACCUCGACAGUGGAUAGGCAGUGAGGGCUGGAUAACUGACCCUUACUUGAUGACCUACAGUUUCUUUGCAGGAGCCAUUGGAGUUGCAUUUCAAAACUCUGUCAUCCCAGGUCUAAGAGAGUUACUGCUGGAUCUUUCUCCUGCCGAUGUAGCUGCCUCUUCAGUGCUUACUGAAUUCUGGGAAAAUGCAUUUAACUGCACUCUGACCAAAAAUGAUAAUCCACAAAAGAGAAACUGCGAUGGAACUGAAGACAUAAAAAAUCUCAAGAACCCGUACACUGAUACAUCUCAGUUAAGAAACACGAACAUGGUGUACAAGGCUGUUUAUGCUAUAGCUCAUGCUAUUCACAAUGCUGUGUGUCAGGAAACAAACGUUUCCACUCAGUGUGAAAAAGACAAAAAAGUGGAGUCAAAACAGAUUUUAAAUGAGCUUAAGAAAGUCAAGUUUUCCCGCAACGGUUAUCCUGUGUCGUUUGAUGCUAACGGGGAUUCUGUAGCUUUUUAUGAGCUGGUCAACUGGCAGAAGAGUGAGAGUGGAGUUAUUGAGCUGGUAACAGUAGGGUACUAUGAUGCAUCACUGCCUAAAGAACAGGAGUUGCAAUUCAACAAGAAAAUAACCUGGAUGCAUGGUGGCACACAAGUCCCAGUUUCAGUGUGUUCUGAGAGUUGUCCUCCAGGAAGUCGUAAAGUCCUGCAGAAAGGAAAACCCAUCUGCUGCUAUGAUUGUAUAACAUGUCCUGAAGGAGAGAUUAGUAACACAACAGAUUCUCCAGACUGUUCCCCGUGUCCCAGUGAAUUGUGGCCUAAUGCACAAAGAGACGCUUGUUUCCCCAAACCUGUGGAGUUUCUUUCCUAUGAUGAAGUCCUGGCAAUCAUCCUGGCUGCAUUCUCUGUUAGUGGGGCCUGUCUGGCCAUCAUAACAGCAGCUAUUUUCUUUCAUCACAGAACAACUCCAAUUGUCAGAGCCAACAACUCUGAGCUGAGCUUCCUGCUGCUCUUCUCUCUGACUCUGUGUUUCUUAUGUUCAUUAACUUUCAUCGGAGCUCCCUCUGAUUGGUCCUGCAUGCUGCGACACACAGCGUUUGGUGUCAUCUUUGUUCUCUGUAUCUCCUGUGUUCUUGGCAAAACUGUAGUGGUUUUAAUGGCCUUUAAAGCUACACUUCCAGGUAGUAAUGUCAUGAAAUGGUUUGGGCCUCCACAACAAAGAAUGACUGUGGUCUGUUUUACAUUUGUUCAAGUACUGAUAUGUACUGUGUGGUUGUUACUCAGCCCUCCCUACCCAAUGAAGAAUCUGAGCACAUACAAGGAGAAGAUCAUCCUGGAAUGUGCAUUAGGUUCUGCUGUUGGGUUCUGGGCUGUGCUCGGGUACAUUGGCCUGCUGGCUGUUUUCUGCUUUGUGUUAGCUGUUCUAGCUCGGAAACUACCUGAUAAUUUUAAUGAAGCCAAGCUGAUAACCUUCAGCAUGCUGAUAUUCUGUGCAGUGUGGCUCACCUUCAUCCCAGCAUAUGUCAGCUCUCCUGGAAAAUUUACUGUAGCUGUGGAGAUAUUUGCUAUUCUGGCCUCCAGUUUUGGACUGAUUCUGUGUAUAUUUGCUCCAAAGUGUCUCAUCAUCUUAUUUCAGCCUGAGAAGAACUGCAAAAAAUCUUUAUUGGACAAAACUAAAUGCAAAGAAUAAAAGGUUUUAAAUCAUCUGGGGAGAUGAAUAUGACUGCAACUAAAAUAAACUUGACACUACUAACUUUUGAUGCCAUGUUUCAGAAACUCGUCCACUGUUUAAACAUUCAUUGAGAGAUUUGGUCUUCAUGCUGUACAAGUUCAACUUUUUUAUGCCGUCAUAUUAUUGAGAAAGAGAGCUCCUAUUAGUAUCUCCCAAAAUUCUGUCCACCACCUGAUGGAUGCAGAU